UGAGUCUUAUUGCUUGAGGAAGCGUACCUAAAAGCAGCAGCUCCUAUAAAGAAGUUGAAGAAACUUUUCUCAGCGUUUCCAUAAGGAGGAUAACAUCAAAACAAGCCAUGAAAAUUAGAAUUUUGAGCUAAUUUUCUCCCUAGGAACAGGUGGAUGUCUAGAAAAACAGACCACUGUUCAUUGUGACUUUCCUUCACCUCAACAUCCUCACUGUGGAAUUACAGAGGGAUUUAUAAAAGUCAAGGCAGCAUCUCAAGCUCAGAAUAUCCCUCUGACAAGGCAACAUCAAGGAUUGUUGUGUUUGUCAACCAGUUCUAGAGGCAUGAGCUGGUUCCCCAGAAGCCUUGGGAAUUCCCAAGGGACCACAGGGCAGCUCAAAAAUCGACUGGAAGAUCUGAAAAAGCCCUGGAAGAAAGAAGCCAGCCCUUCCAUGCUACAGCAUAGUGAAACUGCCAGGCUAGCUGUGGAUGCCUUUCUGGAACAGGGAGAAGCUGGCUAUCUGCAAGUCAUCACUAAGGAAAAGGAGCUACCUUUCCUUUCCUCACUGGACAUGGCCUACAUAAGCCAGCACAUCCAAAGCAUCCCAGAAUCUCCAAAGAAGGGGCUAGAGGCAGGACUCUCAAGAGGUGACAGCAUGGACAGGGAAUCUCUCCUCUCUGAAGUCACAUCUGGGACAUACUUCCCAUUUAUGUCAGAUAUUGAUCCCCCCCAACUGGAGCUGGGUUGGCCAAAGAUGCCCUCUGUCACAACACUCAGCCGAACAGAAGUCAGUUUAUAUUUCCAAAGAGACAAGGCAAGCAAUGUGAAGGAGUUACUCCGAUCUCUAAUAAGCAAGGCCAAAACAGUGAUUGCAAUUGUGAUGGAUCUCUUCACAGAUAUGGAAAUACUCAGUGAUUUGAUGGAAGCUUCAAACAAACGUCAUGUUCCUGUUUAUCUGAUCCUUGAUGAAAAAAACUUGAAGGAGUUUACAGAAAUGUGCAAUAAAAUGGAGCUCACUGUGGAUGACUUUCCAAGUAUGCGCAUACGAUGUGUAAGUGGAGAUACUUACUACAGUAAAGCUGGCAAGAAGCUUACAGGACAAGCCCUUGAGAAAUUUGUGUUGAUAGACUGUGAGCAAGUCCUUGCAGGGACUUACAGUUUUACAUGGCUCUGCAGCCAGGUGCAUACCAGUCUAGUGAUGCACUUCAAAGGAAAAAUUGUAGAUGAUUUUGACAGAGAGUUCCGAUGCAUAUAUGCUGAAUCUAGAUCAGUGAAUCAACUCAGAAUCCCCACUGCUGAAAAUUCCACACCUUCUCCUUACAGGUUCAUGCAGAAAUUUGAGCCCAUUUUAAAACAUGUUCAACUGAAUGAGUGUGAAGCCAUCAGUCCCUCAAGCAGCCUUUCAAAUUCCAGUGUUGCGACCAUAAAGAAAUCACCUUAUUUCAACCAAUCAAUUUCCAAUGUACUCUGCGAAAAGAAGGAAUUAACUCCAGGUGAAACAAGAAAGACCACUUCAGGCUUUCUGGGAUUUAGUGACUUGAGAUACCAGCCCAGGGAGCUGCCAGACUCUAACUGCAACGUAUCAGCUAAAUUAAAGCCUCCACUCAGUGAUGCUUCUAAUUUAUUGAAAUUUAAGACAUCUGUGCUAUCAGUAUCUUCACCAAUAUUAGGUGACAACACAGGAAAUGGACAUGAUUUUCAGUUUAUUCCUGAGAAUAUUGGAAUAAAAGAUAACAAGAAGUUCCUUUAUACUCAACCAGUUGAAAAUGCAAGCAAAAUACAGAAGGAUGAAAAAACAGUAAUUCAUGGAUACAACAAAUUAGAGUUCAUUAACAAGCCUACUAAAUCUGUAAAUUAUGAGAUAAAGGGCACAGUCCCUAGAUUCCAUGAUGUCUCUGAUGAUAUGCCAAUGGAGAACAAUAGCAACAUAUACAGGAAUGAAAAAAGGAUGACUCUUGGUCACAGUAAAUUGGAUUUGAUUACCAACUAUAACAAAUCAAAAUCAAAACUAAUUCAUAGUCGAUUUGAAGAUGUUUGAUCAAAACAUGAUGUUUGAUCAAAACAAAAAAUGCUUGAUCUCAAGUCAAAUGUGGAAUGAAACUCUUAAUAUAUCUGUAACAUCAGAUUUAGCUCAAAUAUAUUGGGAAAGCUCAAAGAAGCUUAAUAAAGCCAAAAAGAUAAUCAUAUAGCUGUGUAGGAGAUUUGAGAUUAUUACUACAUACCUCUAGAGUUAAUUUGAAAGGAAAUACAUUUUGAAUACUGAAAACAUUGUCUGAGUAUUUUUGCCUCACAGACAUAACUGGGAUUCCUGAAAUACUGGAGGGGCAUGUUUAGGACAAUGGUAUUUCUCAGUUUAACAGAUCUUGGGGGAGAGGGGGGGUACAUACCAACUUGAACAAUUUGAUGAAUAUCAGUAUGUAAAUAAAAUGAGUAUUAAAAUAUAUACAUAAAUAAUGCAAACUACAAAUGAUUCAAUUUAAAGGGUCGGUAGAGAGUUUAAAAUAGCUCUUUAAUAAAAGCACACAUCUCACUGGCCCAAUGUGGAUUAUUGUGCAAUUCUGUUUAAGACAGAGCUGUAAGAAAUCCACAUUUACCAAAGUAGGAGGAUCUGCAGAAAUCAUAUUACAUAGUUCUUGACUUCCUUUUAAUACUGCUACUCGCUCAGUUGAUCAGUAUGCCACGCUCAGUGCAGGAAUCCAAAUUACAGCCACCCUGACAUAGAAAAAGAAACUCAGUUGUUUCCUUCUCUCUCAAACAUAAGAGAAAUAGGAAAAGACAAGUAAAAUACAACUUUUAGUUUAAACAUCAGAAUACUAGCUAUAUGAAAUUAAGUAAAGCUAAUCUCUUUACCUCAACAAAAACAAUAUCUGCAUCUGCAAAAUUGUUUUGGCAGGUACAGACAAGGAAGGAAAGAGAAUGUUAAUAAUAUAUUGGUUACAUUAUAUUAUGUUAAAUAAUAUGAACAAUAAUCGACUCUUGUCUUAAUGUUCUGAUUACAAACCACAGACAAUUAAAAUUUCUGAACAUUGCACAUCACCUUGUAUAACCUGAAUUUUGCCUUAAUUCUGUGCAUAUAAUGAUAUACAGUAUGUUUUAAAUACAUGAAUAUAUAUCAUAGUUAUCCCAAGUAAGUGGUCAACCAGGUUUUAAUAAUAGAUUUAUACAAUCACAGCCCAGCUCAAUUUAUUUAAGUUACAAUAAAUAAUUUAAGAAAAAGCAGCUGUUUUCUGUCCAGCCAAAGUGAUGUUCUUGGAAGUCCACUGAACUCAAAGAGAGUGUUCACUGCAUGCUUAACUAUCUGAGAGCAGUUAAACAUUUUAACUACUUACUCUUCCUUUGUAUGGAAGAACAGAUUGUCAUCACUGACGUUUGUUAUUUCUGAAAAUCAAGAUUUGAUAUGCUUCCUGAAGGAGUUUAGUUUAACCAAGAUUUUCGAGAUUUCAUGAAGGAAUCACAGGGAAGGUUAUGACUGUUCUAACCAUAAACUGUCAUUUUAGCAUUGUCUAAAGACUGCUAGCUCUGUCAAUAGCAAUUUAGACUGUGAAUGCCUUAAGGACUCCUUUCUCUUUUUUCUUUCUCUUUCUCACUUUUUGGUUAUUCAUAACUUUGACACAGUGUAUAAUCUGAUGGUGCCAUUGAAAUAAAUAGUACUCUAUAAACCA